AUGGAUCAGGUACAUGUCGAGGAUGUCAGCAAGGGAAAAUGGUCCAAAAACCAUUCCCAAGCAAUCGUGACAAGCGAAGUUACGACACGUUCGAGAUGCUCCAUCUGGACAUCUGCGGACCCAUGGAAGAAGGAUUCGCUCGGUGGCAGCAAAUAUCUGCUGUUGAUCAUGGAUGAAGCCAGCGGAUGCAUGAAGGGCUUUUGUCUGCAUUCCAAGUCAGAGAGCGAAGAGUACAUCCGGAAGUAUAUCACAAUGGUGCAGACGCAGUUCGACAAGAAGGUAAAGUUUGUGCGACACGAUGGAGCCCGCGAGUUUGCAACCAACUCGCUUCAACUGUUCUACGAAGUCGAAGGCAUCGAGCAACAAACCACGGUGCCAUAUGCACAUCAAGCAAACGGAACUGCUGAGCGCGCCAUUCGAACUAUCGUCACCAUCGGUCGUAGCAUGCUCCAUCAUGCCAAACUGGACAAGUGUUUCUGGGCUGAAGCGGCAAUGACGGCCAUCUAUGUCAAGAACCGUCUGCCGUCACCUAAGAGUCGUCACAAGACACCGUUCGAGAUCGUCUACAACUUGAAACCAAGUGUCAAGCACAUGCGAUCAUUCGGCUGUCAGACAUACAUACUGACCCCUAAAGAGAAGCGACUCAAGUGGGAUCCCAAGGCUCGCGCUGGAAUCUUUUCGGGCUACGAAGAAGUGUCCAAGGCAUAUCGUGUAUUUGACAUCGAGGAGGGGCAGGUUGUUGUCAGUCGGGAUGUUAACUUCGACGAGUCCACCUUUGGACUUCAACUGCCGAUCACUGAUGACGAUGUCGAUGACCUGGACUUCGAAUCGCUCGAUCUUGAUGACGAAGAGCCGCGUCAAAUGGAGUAUCAGCAAACUGGCAAGCGCAAGCAACCGACUCACAUGAUGACGAUACAGCAGCUCCACGACCGCGUGCAGUGCGCCAACGACCAGGACUAG